AUGUCCUCGCAGCCCUACCCGCUGGCCAAUAUGCCAGUCUCGGCUGCGGUGGAUCCCGCCUUUUGGGCCCAAGCCCAGGAUUCCGCCGACUCGUCGCCUCUGGCGCUACACCUAUCGCCCCCGGGAAGUUCUACCGCUCACGAGAGCCAGCAGAGCAACACUCCGCCCGUCCUGACUCCAAAGUCUGACGAGGAGCGGAAGAACAGCCAGACCGGCCAGCAGAGUGACCAGCAAAACGAGCAACAGGGGGGGAACCAGGCGCGCACGGCUGACGGUGUAGACUGUACCUACAUCAAGUCACGCCGUGGCUGGAAGGGCAAGAGGAAGAAGCAUGGAGAGAACGCCGCCCCUGCCGCACCUGUCCAGGAACAGAAUGCCCUGCCAUCAGGGCCCAUACUCAACACCAAUCUUACUCCCACCAGCCAUCAGUCAUUAUCACCCGAAUUUGCUUUCGCCAACGAGUUAGCCCUAGCCAACCAGCUGAGCACGACUCAUACUCAGAGCAUCGGUCUUAUCACACCCCCAAGUGCCACCUCCCAGCUCAACCUCAAUGGAUCCCAAAGACUAAACAAGUUUGGCCAUCUGGGCCCGCCUACGCCUGUCCAAGCAUUCUAUCACUACUUCUACAAUUCCCACCCAUUCCUUCUGCCUCAGCUCCAAUUGAUGCAGCUCUUCAAAGAUAGGAGAGCGCCACUCCUGGAGUAUGCCGUUCAAUAUCUUGGAUCCUGCUACCUCGCCGAGAUUCCCACGGACAUGUACAAGGAGGCGCUAAAUCGGGCCAUCGACAGCGGCCAAUUUCCAAGGGAUGGUUUCUCAGUACAAGCCCUCAUCCUCUACGCUGUAGGUCUCCACGCCAACAACGAAGUACCCCGGUCUGCCCAGAUCUUCGGCCUCGUGCAAAACCUCGUCCUAGAGCUCGGCAUGCACCGCAUGGACUACGCCCUCAUCCACGGCAACAACGACCGCAUCCUCGAAGAAAGCUGGCGCCGAACUUGGUGGUCUUCCUACACCGUCAACGGCAUGCUAACAGCCGUCAACCCAGGCGUCCAGUUCCGCCUCAAAGACAUCGCCACCGACGUCCCCUUCCCCUGCGAAGACCACCAGUACUUCUCCGGCGCAAUACCCUACCCGCACACCCUCCAGGAAUACGACGACUCCGCCUUCGCCCCCGAAGAAAUCAUCUUCUCCUCCUUCACCUACCUCAUCGACGCAAUUCGCAUCCUAGGCAAAGUCUUCGAAGUCGCCCGCCUAGACUCCCAAUUCGAAUACCACGCCGUCGACGUCGUAGACUCCUACCUCGUAAACUGGCGCUUGCACCUCCCCGCCAACAAACUCGAGAUCGUAAACAACGACGGCGCAAUAGACGAGGUGCUCUUCCAAGCGCACAUGGUCAACGCAGGCAGCACCAUAAUGCUGCACCGCCCGCGCUCCAACCUCGGCUUCGGCCGCGUCGAAAACGUAAACAUAUGUGUGCAGCCAGGACAAGUCCUCCUCCCCACGCAGACCCGCGAGAUACACACAGCGAAAUGCCUCACCUCCGCCGAAAAUAUUUCCUCCCUGAUAAAGCUCCCCGGCCAACUCAUCUACCACACGCCCUUCUUCACGUGCGUCGUCGUAAUGGCGUCCGUCGUGCACCUAUCCUACUGGUCUUUCCUGGUCCCAGACGGCCAAGACGACAUCAUCAAGCAGAGCAUCAGACUGGACGUCGGCACACUACAGCAGUACAGCCACACGUGGGACAUCGCGCACGUGGUGCUAGGCCAGGUGCGCGGCGUAGCGCACACGCUGUGGAAUAGCAAGAAGGCAAUGAGUAUACAUUUGUGGAAUAACAUUGCGAACGACGAGGUCAUACGGACGGUUAUCGAGGAGGGCGCGAGCGUCCCCGUGCAGCAGUAUAACCAGCUUAUUGCGCCGUAA